GACUAUUGAGAGAAAGGUUAGAUGAAGAAACCAAUAAGACGAUGGACAUUAUGUGUGAGAAACAUGAUGGUACUAUAAGCACAUGGCUUUGCAUAGAUCAUGCAAUCUCUUUUUGCAAAUCUUGUAUGGAAAAAGAACAUAGGAAGUGUUCAGGGCUACGGAAACGCACAGAAAGACAUACACACGAUAAACCUGUAUCUAUUGCAGUAAAGGAGUCACUGGAACAAAAUAAUAGAAUUGUGACAAUAUGCGUACUACCUAAUGGAGAGUAUCUUGCACAGUUUGCGACAAUGCCCGGUUAUGAACUGUGUAAGCUCAACAAAACUUUUCAUACUGUAGCACGUUGUGAUUUACUCGGGUCUGUAAACGCAAGCAUGUGCUACAUAGGUAACAACAAAGUUGCUUUUAAUCUUAGUGACAACCAACUACAGUUUAUAAAUGUCAAAAACUUACACAUUCUUGAACAAAAAGUUACUUUGAUAGGAAUAGUGCGACACUUGGCCUGUCAUGGGGAAAAGAUUUAUGCAUUUAAUGGCAGAACUGUCUUUUCUUAUACCAUAGAUGAAAUACAAGUACGUCGACUUUGUGAGCUUCCGAAACGUGAAUUAGUGUACAUUCAUAUGGAAAGAAGUAUGACGGUAAGCGAUAAUGGGGAUUUUAUUUAUUGUACAAAUCAGAGUGGUCAUGUGUAUCAAGUUGAUAGCAGUGAUGGAAAUGUUGUAUUGGAGUUGAAUUUACAUAGACUUCAAGUGCCCCAGAACAAAGUUGUAGAAAACAAUAGUCUUUCAGUCAAAUCUGACUUUUCUGGUGUCGAGAUCAAUCUCAAUUCACCAGUAGAUGUGUGUUACCUCGGAAACGGUACAGUCAUUGUCUUUGACAGUGAAGGUCAUAUUAUUCAAAUUGAAAGUCAUGGCGAUUAUUCUAUUCAAACAAUAAAUGAAAUGAAAAGAAAUUCUAUCAUCACCUUCAUUUCUACCAUAUAUGACAGAUCAACAUCCAGUCUUAUUGCGAUAGAUGGUGGUACUAUAAAGAUUUUUAGA